AUGGCAUACCGUGCAACAGCUCUCCUGGCCCUUUCUGGCCUUGCGUCUCUGAGCAACGCCAAACCUAUUCACUCCUACAGCUCUUCCAGUUCCAACUCCGGCCACUAUGGCUCCAUGACCUCCUCUUCUUCUUACUCUACUGCCUCCUCCUACCAGAGCUUCCCGACCCAGGUCGCUUCCAGCAAGAAACUCCUCCUCAGCAACGGCUUUCCCAACCUCUCCCCCUCUGCCCUCGCAGAUGUCAACAACGCAGCCCACGGUACCCUUUCCAAUGCUUCUGCAGGCAACAUCACNUUUCCUGUGGAUUCUCUCACAAACUUCCAAUUGAUCGCCUUCAACGAGUUCUUUGAAGUCGCUUUCUUCACUUCUCUGCUCACCAACAUCACUACCGGUGUUCCUGGCUUUGAGAUCCCUGCUCAUCUCAACUCCACCUACAUCAUCGACACAUUGAUUGCCGUGCAAGCUCAAGAAGAACUCCACGCCAUCAAUGCAAACACCAAACUUCCCACUCCUCUCCAGACUUGCGAGUACAAAUUCCCAACCCAGAAAUUCGAGGAUGCGAUUGGUCUCGCCGCAACAUUUACGGAUGUCGUUCUUGGGACUUUGCAAGAUGUUUCUAUGGUGUUUGCAGCCGAUGGCGAAAAAGGCGUCGUAGCAGCAGUCGCCUCAGUCAUCGGUCAAGAAGGAGAACAAAAUGGCUUCUACCGCAGUCUAUUCAACAAGAUCCCUUCAGCGCAACCUUUCCUCACGGCAUCUGCCCGCGACUUUGCCUUUUCAGCUCUAAACCAAAACUUUGUGGUUGCGGGCAGUUGCGAUAUUUCCAGCAUCGACCUUGAAAUCUUCGACGUCCUCACUCUGGAAACCUCCACUGUGGAGUUGGGCGAUCAGAGUAUUAGUCUGUCAUUUGAUAUCAGCAGUUACCAGGGCACCACUGAUGAUUUGGAGUUUGUGCUGUUCAAUGGUCAGAAUGUGCCCAUUGUUCAGGAACUCAAGAAUGUCAAGCAGGAGGGCGAGAAAGUCACUUUUGAUGCGGAGUUUUUGCAGCAGACUGAUCUGCUCUUUGGUCUUACUAUUGGUGCUGUGGUUAGAAAGGGACAGCCUUUGGCUAAUGCUGAUCAGGUGGCUGAUGCUACUGUCUUUGGACCUGCGCUUAUUGAAGUUGCUUAG